AUGAGUGACAAAAGUCUUGAGCUUCAGUACAACUACUAUGAGGGGACCGGGCCUGAAAAAUUGCGGGAGGAGAUCGUGAUUGUCGUUGACAAGGGAAUGAGCGCUGCGCAGUUUCAAAGGGACCAGGUUCAGGGAAAGUUGACGAGAGUUUCACCGGAGGAACUAGAUCAUUCCCUGGUGAUGUACGUUGCUGAUCUUAUCAGAAACGGGUCGGACGAUUCGACGCUGCAGCAAUGGAAGCAAGUAAUGCUGAAUGUCAGCAUGCGGGUCGAAGUCACCACCGGCUAUGAACAGCGUUUCUGGAAGUCAGUCAAUCUUCGCCAGAGAUACGCUGGUACUUAUGAUGCCCUCACCAGGUCCACCAUCCAGCAGAUCUACGAACUGGUGAAAUUUAGGGAUGAGUUUCAGCCUGGAACUCGGCGUGAAAUCGCAGAGGCUUGGCAGGCGAAGGUCACGGAUUUGGGCACAAUGGUUAUUGAGGGUGUGGACUUCAGCUUUGUGGACUCCGCCAUUAAGAUCCACGACCGCAUGCUGUGCUACCCGGACGCCUUCAAUGCCAUUCAGAAGAUGGAGAUGGAGUUUGGCAAAGCAUCCUGCCUCAACUACAUCCGCGUGUUGGAGGUGAUUUGCAUGAAGGGGAAGGAGCCAGAGCAGUUGUGGAUUCUCAACACCAUCUUGGACUACAUCUUCCAGUUGAAGGAGAUCAACAACCGGGACCUCUCAACCCGCGCCCUGCAAGGUACAUCGAGCACUCGUGGGUUGCUUGAUGUCUUCCUCACCAAGCGGAAGAUGAUGCUGUGGAUCACAGAUCACUUGGCCUCGAAGAAUGUUCCGCCUGAGUGGAUCGACGUGAUGAAGGAUCUCCAGACCCAUGCCCAGUUUCGUUCCAAGGUUGGAGUGAGUUCUCGUGGCGGCGACGGGUCGGAGCAGCCGGAUCAAUCUUGGCUGGGAACGGAGCAUGAAGUUAUUCGGUUGGCCGUUGACAUCUUGAAGAAAGUGGUCUACGGCGCCUUCCAUGACCACACCUUGAAGAACUUGCUGAAAGGAUCCUCAGCGCCUGCCGACCUCUUUGCAAAGGAGCCCUUCAGCGACAUGAUGAAAGACUUGAAUGCCGCCCUGGAUGCGCACAUCCACAAGUCCAAAAAGAAUGAGGAAGAGGUUGUGGCACCCACCGUUGCCAAGGACUAUCUCACCACCUUCCUGCCCGACGGUGUCGAGCACUGCCCUGAGGACCUUGAGGAAGACUUUUCCUCUCACAUCCUGGAAGCAGGUGACCUCGUGGACCGCUUCGUGAAGUUCAUUCCAGAAUGUUCCAGCAAGUCAGAGUUGGCACAGGCGCUGGAUGGCACGGCUGUGUCCAAAAAGCAGCCAGAUGGAACAACGGCGUUGGUUGUGAUGGACACGAAGACUUGCGGUGAAAGUUCAUCGCAGCCGCAUCUGCGUUUUCCACAGUUUCGGAGCGUUGUCCUCAAAAACGCCGUCCAAGCUUUCUGCAUGGCAAGGAACAAAGAGCAGUUUGAUGAGGGUGAGAUGUGCCUGCUCUUGGACGGCUCUCGGCAGAUUUCCACCUCCAUGAUGAGCUGCUUUGUUCGUGAUGAUGGCGCUCACUUUGAGAACAAGACGAGGUCAGAGUUCGUGGUGCAUUACGACGAGAAAUCGAUGAAGGCGCGGAAGCACCUCAGCCGCGGCUUGGUGACCUGUCACGAGGGAAUGCAGGUGCUUACCAACGGUGCUUUGAGUUUGCCUGCCAGUCGCACCAGGCUCUACGGUGGAAGCAACAUGUCAACUUCCAUCGGGCCAGUUGUCCUUGAGCCUGUGGAGAACAUGUGGCUGGUGCCAGCUGAGAAGAAGAAGAUCUACGAGGGUGGCAACGCGAAAGUCUUGGCUGGUGGCGGGCUCCCAGACGCUCCUGCCAAGCCCCAGCUAUCCGGAGAGCCAAUGACUUACCACGCAAUGCCGGUGAAAUUCUACCGAGAGCUUCUGCAUUCAUUCUGUGCAGGCAACGGCGAAAAGAAUCAGAAGCGGAAAGAUGAUGGUGAGAGUGGCGAACGAAACCAGACCACCAAGAAAGCCAAGACAGAUAUCAUCGAUGCUUUGAUCAAAAUGCAGGAUGACAAGGACGAGGAAGAGGCCGACGGUCGCAACGCUGUGGUGACGGUGAUGAAGGCCUUUCCUUUGACCUUCGGGUCAGCCUGCUCGGGCAUUUGUUCUGAGCUUUUUGCGGCAGAGAUGCUGGGCCUGGAGGUGCGCCCGGUGUUCGCCUGCGAUUGCAACCAACAUGUCACGAAGGUGAGCCAACAUCUUUGGAGCCAUGAACAGUACUUCAACAACGUGUUUGACAAAGAGUUUCUUCGGGAUGCUCCUACAGUGGACUUCUUCCUGGGUGGGUUCCCUUGUCAGCCCUUUAGCCUGCAGGGCCUAGGGCAAGGAGUGGCUGAUGAAGCGAAUGGUACGGUGAUCUAUGAGCUGUUGAAGUACAUCAAAGAGCGGCAACCCACAACGUUUGUCUUGGAGAAUGUGAAGGGGCUCUUGACCCAACAUCCACAAGUGCUGAUGGAAAUUAUGAAGCACCUUCGUGGCUUGAAGGUGACGGGAACCAGAAAGCCUUUGUACACGGUGCUGUGCAAGUGCCUGAAUGCCCGCAAUCACGGCUUGCCUCAGAACCGCGAGAGAAUCGUGGUGAUUGGGAUGCUGAACGCCAAGAAAACCUAUGACUUUGCUUGGCCCAUGUCUGUUGAGAUGCAGCCGUUAACCCGCUUCAUCAACGACAAGGAUGUGGGAGAUGAAUCAGACUUGAACAGCCUCAACAAAACUGAGCUGAACAACCUACAUGAGUCCUACCAGAAAAUCCGUGCUGGGGGAGGCAAACCAACCCAGGGCUUCUAUGUCGUUAACCUGGGUGGCACAUCCUCGCACUACAACCUGGGUUACUUGCCAUGUUUGACAAGAAGCCGCUGUGGGAGCCGUGGGUACUGGUUGAGUUGGUUGAAAAGGAAGAUUACUGCGAAGGAGAUGUGGGCGCUUCAGGGGCUGCCAAAGAAGGUGUACCCGAAAGAUGUGGUCACAGAGACUCAGUUGGGCUACAUUGUUGGGAACGCAAUCCCAAUUCCGCUUCUGGCCAAUGUGAUGAGCAGCAUGUUUGACGCCUGCCCGUUGCAUUAA